AUGGACAAGGCAAGCUGGCCGCCCUGCGACACCAACUUCGAUAACGCCGGCCCUGCCCUCCCAGGCUUCAACAGGCCAACCCGCUACGAGGGAAAGGUCAGCAAUCUCGAAGUGUACGGAACAGUCCCUCCGUCGAUUUCGGGCACGUUUUAUCGUAUCAUGCCUGAGCCUUAUCACGUUCCCUUUGUCAAAAACGAUAUUACGUCAGGCAAGUACCGCAAUCCUUUCACUGACCUGGUCAAGUUCGCCGACCGCACGACGGCCAACACGACGGCGUUCCCCUUCAAAGGCGUCAUCCUUGCGUUGAAAGAAGACAGUCAGCCUUAUGCCGUUGAUCCUCGCACCCUCGAAACAAUUGGCAGGUGGGACUUUGACGGGCAGUUGGAAAGCGAGACUUUUACUGCGCAUCCGAAGUAUGACGUCAAGACGAGAGAGGUCCUGUCUUUCGGCUACGAGGGGAAGGGAAUUGGAACCAGGGAUGUAUUUUACAUGUCGAUUGAUGAACACGGCAAAUUUAACGAAAAGGUGUGGUUUCAGGCGCCAUUCUGCGGAUUCCAGCACGAGAUGGCUUUUACUGAUAACUGGUGGUUCCAAGGGCCGAACCUGUUCACCGGCCACGUCGCUAACGCGUGGGAGGAGAAUGGGCAACUCCACCUUCACGUGUCUAUGGUCAGGGGCAACGGGUUCGGAUUCUUCCCAGAACAGAACGGCGAGGCUACCGCCUUUGAUCUGGAAGUGCUUGCGCCUCAUGUCUGCGAAUUCGUUCUGGAUCCUCACUCCACGAAGCUGGUGUACCAAUCACCAACGGAAGUCGUGACAGCCGGGCCAAACGAAUUCCCGCGCAUCGACGAUCGCGUUUUUGGCAAGAAGCACCGCUUCAUAUACGGGAACAUGAUUGACAUGAGCCCUGGAGUGACGGACUGGGAGUACUCUACACCCCUGGCUGACGAUGGUAUCGGCCACAUGAACGUUCUCUACAAAUACGACCUCGUAACCGGUGCUACACAGAAAUACAUCAGAGGGCCUCGCCACUUCUUCCAGGAGCCUCAGUUCGUCCCCCGACAUCCAGGGGCCGCGGAGGGUGGCGGUUUCCUGAUUGCGUUGGUCAACAAUUUUAACGAGAUGACUAGUGAGCUUGUCAUUAUUGACUGCGACGACUUUGAGAAGCAUGCUGUUAUUGCAAAGCUUCCCGUCAGGUUGAGGCCUGGGUUUCAUGGCAACUGGGUUGAUGACACGGAUAUUGACGGUCGGCCAAACACAGUAGCUGAGUUUGCUAUUCCUCAUCGCAGGGAUGAAAACAAUGAGACGAAUGAGACGGAUGGACAAUGA